UAUGUGAAUUUUUAACCUGAAAUAUUACUAAUGUUUUCUCGAAACACACCACCAAGUUAAUGUCAGCCUGUUACUUUCAUUUAACCAACACCUAUAUCCUUGCUCCUAUAUAUAUAGCAGUAUACUUUUUUUUUACAUGUCUUCAAAUUAAACACUUGAAAAUGGCUGAGGCAGCCACAUCCAAAGCAAUAUCAGAAAUCACAAAACAAGCAAUAUUCUUAUAUGGUGUAGAUGAACAAGUAAGAGCACUUGUUACUGAGUUAGGACGUAUGCGAUCUUUCUUGAAAGACGUUGAUUCAAGAAAACAGACAGAAGAGAGAGUCAAAAAUUGGGCUGAUGAAAUUAGGGACCUUGCACAAGAUGCUGAGGGCAUAGUUGAGAAAUAUGCUGCUGAGGUCAAACAAAUAAAAGGGGAAGACACUGCUUAUUGUUUUUGGACAAUAUUAAUCAAUGUUGUGAAAGAAGUUGUUGUAAGGUACAAAAUUGGCUGGGACAUAGGAAAGAUCAACAAGAGGAUCAAGAACUUAACACAAAGUUUGAGAACUUAUGGUAUAAUUCAUGGUAUAAAUGAAGGAGAAACAUCUUUUAGAGAAGUCAUAUUACAAAGUGGAUCUAUUUAUGUUGAGAGAUGGGGAGGUCUUGGAGGAGGGCUUUGGAGUUAUAGGCCAAAAGGUUUAGUGAAACAUAUAAUUGUUAAGCAUGGAGGGGUUAUAGAUUCUAUAAUGUUUAAGAGCAUUGAAGAAAAUGGUGUCAUGGAGGCUUCUCAAAGAUUUGGUGGUGUUAAUGGCCAUCUCACAACUGAGGACCUCUUCAAUGGCAAGGUGAAGGGGAUUGGUAGACAAGAGGAUGGACUGUAUGUUCUUAAAAGAGAAUGGAAAGAUAAUGCUGUUCAGGAAGGACCAAAACACAACAGGUUCACUGCAGAGGUUGUUGUUCCCAAUUGCAGACUAUGGCACCAAAGACUUGAGCACCCAACUCCUCAGAUCAAUAUAAACAGCCCUUCAGAGUAUUUGACAGGCAUAAGUGGGACAUUUGGACAAUAUCUUUCCAGUACUCUAAUAAAAUCCAUCAUGUUUCACACUAACAUUAGCCAUCAUGGCCCUAUAGUAGGUUCAGAGAAGGAGACAGCUGAUGAAAAGUUCUCAUUCAUCAUGCAAGGUGGCGUUGUUGUUGGAUUCCAUGGAUUUUCAGGGUUAUUUCUUGAUUCCAUUGGUUUGUAUGUUAUGCCAUGCAACAGCUUACUUUCUUAGUAAGCAUACUGUCUCAUCAAUGUCUAUUCGAGUAAGCUUGUACACAAGGUAGAGUACCAUCAUGCAUGUUGCCUCAUAAACAUAUAUCCAAGCUAAGCUUCAUUAUUGUCAUAAGGUUUAACUCAUAUUGAUUUGUGAGAAAGGAACUGACUCGAUCAUGACCAAGCACAACAGAUAUAUAUAAUGGAAAUGCCAGUUUCCAGCUAGAUCAACCAA